ACGGUUGGUAGAACUCGAACCGAUCGGUCGGUUGUUUAGUGUGUUUCGCGAUGAAGAAAUUGUGUGGUCUUACCUGUGGUGGCCUGCUGCUUUUGGCAUUCGUUGCAGCAGUACCGAGUAGUGUUCAAGCGCGUGGUAUUGUGUCCGGACGAGCUUUCGAUUCGUUCCGACUACCGAACAGUACAGUCCCUACACACUACACCCUACGGCUGGAUACUGAUGUGCAUCGAGGUGUUUUCGAGUAUACUGGAAAUGUUCAAAUCAGAAUAAACGUGGUAGAAUCGACCAAUCAAAUCGUGCUGCACAGUUUGCGCAAUGAAAUUUCGAAACUGCAGCUACGUAACAGUGCUGGCCUAAAUGUUGCGGUUAAGAAUCAUGAAUUCGAUGAGGAGAAGGAAUUCCUCGUAAUCAAUGUUGGCACAACGUUGCAAGCGAACAGUGGUACCUACACGCUCGAAAUAGACUUUACCAACAGUAUCGAUCGUACCGAUCAGGCAGGAUUUUACAGAUCGUCCUACGAAGACGAUGAAGGUGUUACGAGAUAUCUUGGAUUAACGCAGUUUGAAUCGGUCGACGCAAGAACUUCGUUCCCCUGCUACGAUGAACCAGGCAUAAAGACAACGUACGACAUUUUUAUCGUGUGUGGCAUUGAGUAUCAUGCCCGGUCCAAUGCACCACUUCGUGGAAUCCAACUGCUGGAAGGUGGCAAAAAGUUGUCCACCUUUGCCACCACGCCACGCAUGCAGACGUACCUGGUCGCGUGGUUAGUGUCCGAUUUUGUGUACGAGCGCGAAGUACUGACCCAACCACAGCUGGCCGUGGCAACAUGGGCUAAACCUUCGUCGGCCCAUCUGCUCACCUAUUCCGUUGAUGCGUCCACGCGCUUCAUGCGUGCUAUGGAGGAGUACUUUGGACAGCAGUACAGCAUGUCCAAGAUUGACAAUGUGGCGAUCAAGGAUAGUGACUACAGUGCUGGAGCCAUGGAGAAUUGGGGCUUGGUAACCUACAGGGAGUCGGCUAUCUUUUACGAACCAGAACAAGGCGAACAGCGACAGAUCGGUGUCGUAACGAUCGUUGGGCACGAAUUCACGCACCAAUUUUUCGGCAACCUGCUGGCACCGAAAUGGUGGAGCUACCUGUGGCUUAAUGAAGGUUUUGCACGGCUCUAUCAGUACUACUUGGGAGAUAUUAGCCACCCGGAACUGAACCUUCGUCUGCGCUUCGUAACGGGACCAUUACAGACUGCACUAAGGGCAGACGAAUCGCUUACUGUUCGCCCCAUGACAUACUACACGGAAACGCGCCGGGAUAUUUCACGGCUUUUUGAUUCGAUUGCAUACGACAAAUCGGCCUGUGUUCUCCGCAUGAUGAACUACGCACUGGGUGAACGAACGUUCCAAAAGGGACUGCGCUACUAUCUUGCACAAAAUAAAGAUCGUGGCGUGGUUGAGGAAUCGAAUCUAUUCGACAGUCUCGCACAGGCUGCCACGGAAGACGCAGUUCUGCCGAUUUCUCUUUCCUUGCACGAUAUUUUCGGUUCCUGGUCCAGACAACCCGGUGUCCCGCUGGUGAAAGUUCGUCGCGAUGGCGAUGAGUAUUUCUUCACACAGGAACGUUACGUGGCUAGCGAUCCACCAGAGGAACCGUUCACUAACUCUUGGUGGAUACCGAUUUCCUUCUCGACACCGAGCAACACAGAGUUUGAAAAGUUGCCAGCCUUCUGGAUGCCACCGAACGUGUCGGAGGUGUCGUACACGAUUGAAAAAGCCGAGGACGAAACGCUGACGUUUAAUCCCCAUUCCACCGGCUAUUACCGUAUCGAGUAUGAUGAAGCCAUGCUUAAGGAAUUCGUAGAUCAAAUGAACAAGGACCACACUGCCAUCGAAGCUUCCGCACGUGCCCGUCUGAUCGAUGACACACUCAACAUUGCACACUCCCGUGGAGGCAACUAUGAGGUAGUACUGCAGCUGCUGAAUUAUCUCCAAAAAGAAACAGACUAUGUGCCGUGGAUGGUAGCGUACGAAAACUUGCGUCAGAUGCAGACACUACUUCGUAACAAUGAAAAGGCAUCUGGUUUGCUCCAAACCUUUGUGCAAAAACUUGCAUCUCCAAUGUUGGAGAAAUAUGGUGUCGAUCAAGGAUUGAAAGAUUCCGCUUUUGUUCAGGAAUUACGAACGAUCGCGAUCGAGCUGGCUUGCAGUGGUAGUCAAUCGUGUAAAACGGUUGCACAGACUGCCGUUAAUUCUCUAGCACGUGGGUUAAAACGGCACUACAGUACAGCGGACGGUGCACUCCUAUGCAGUGGACUGCAGCAAGUCAAUGGUGACCAACGUAAAGCAUUCGUAGAACAAAUUUCGCACACACUGGCCGAUAAGAAUGUUAACGACAUUUUCGUCAAGCAGUACCUGGAGCAAUCUCUUAGCUGUACGGGAAUCGAUAUGAUGAAGCUGGAAUCGUAUGGCAAAUACCUGUUUGCACUUAGUGAAACAGAUCGCUCCAGAGCGCUACAUCGGUUGUUCGUUGAGUCAAAGGUACCAGUCACAGAUGUUGUGGAAUCCCUUCAAUCGGAACUCUCGCUACGUCGCAGCAACUCCGCUUAUCAUGCCAACAUCCCGAAGAUACUGUUGGAAGUCGCUCGCUACGUUACGGAACCUUCCGAGAUGCAAUUAUUAAACACUGCCACGGCUACUUACGCCUCCUGGAUUGGUCCUGAGAUUGAGGAACAACUUAAGGCUAAUCGUAAAUGGCUCGAUCGUAAUGUCGAACCACUGGUGGAUGCCCUUACACGCUUUCUGGACGUUUAAUCGUACCAGUUUAAUUUGAUCGAUCACGACACGAAAUGUGUUUUUAAUAUGUAAGACACAUAAACCAAUAAACUUACAACGAAAUGUUUACACUUUA